AGUGAGACAGAGAGAAGAAGAAGAUGGGGAAGAAGACGAAGAAGCCUGGGAAAGGCAAAGAGAAAACUGAAAAAAAAACUGCAAAAGCUGAAGAGAAGAGAGCUCGCAGGGACACAAAGAAGCUUUCUCCCGAAGACGACAUCGACGCCAUUUUGUUGAAUAUUCAAAAGGAAGAAGCCAAAAAGAAAGAAGUUCAUGUUGAAGACAAUGUUCCUGCACCUUCUCCUCGCUCCAACUGCACCCUCACCGUUAAUCCGUUGAAAGAGACUGAGUUGAUUCUUUAUGGCGGUGAAUUUUACAACGGGAACAAGACUUUCGUGUACGGCGAUCUUUACCGUUAUGAUGUGGAGAAGCUGGAAUGGAAAUUGAUUUCGAGUCCGAACAGUCCUCCUCCUCGCAGUGCUCAUCAGGCAGUUGCUUGGAAGAAUUAUGUUUAUAUUUUUGGUGGUGAAUUUACAUCUCCAAACCAAGAGCGGUUCCAUCACUACAAGGAUUUUUGGAUGUUGGACUUGAAAACAAAUCAGUGGGAACAGCUUAAUUUAAAAGGAUGCCCGAGUCCACGAUCAGGACAUCGAAUGAUGUUAUACAAGCACAAGAUUAUUCUUUUUGGCGGCUUCUAUGACACUCUUAGAGAAGUGAGGUUGUUGAUGCUACUUAAUUGA